UAAAAUAAGAGCUGUCCACGAACGUAAGCAGACAUGCGCAGUAGGUUAUUCGGUUGCCAUCGUAGCUGUACACGGAAGCCGCAACUUCCAAAACACAAAAUGCCUCCCAAGUCGCCUCCAAAGAAGUCGGCCAGCAGCACAAAAAGCUCUGGGAAGCCUCCCAAGAAGCCGCCCAGCGCCAAACUCAGCAAGGCUGAGAAGGAGAAACUACAGAAGGAAGAGGAGGAGAGGAAAUUAAAGGAGGAAGAGGAAGCCAGGAAAAAGGCAGAAGAAGAAGAGAGAGAACGACUGGAAAAGGAGAGGAUAGAAAGAGAAGAACGAGAGAGGCUGGAAAGAGAGGAGCAUGAGCGUCACGACAUGGAGAUGGCAGAUCUGAACGCCGUCCUGGACAACGUGGACUCAGCCAUCAACAGUCAGGAGGAGCAGAGAAGGGCAAACGCAAAGUGGGAGCGGUACAUGAAGUGUGACGGCAGCCCUGACCCAACAGUCACACAGGACAUCAACACUUACAUGAGCCUGUGGAGGGAGGACAAGGACAACUCUGAAAUCAAGACAGUUCUACAGGACAGCAGGCAGCUACUAGCGCUGAUUGGUGAGUUAGAGUUCCUGAUGUCUGACACUCCUGAGGGUGAGUUAUCAGAGUCAGACCUGGGCCGGUACAGACAGACCAUCAGGGACCUGCAGGAGCUGCUGUCAUACAAGCUGGACGAGGCCACUGUGGACAUGCUGAAGAAAGCCACAGCAGAAGCCGACAUUGAGUCAGGGAAUCUGCAGAAGGUCUCAAAACUGGACGACAUCAUAGUCAUGCUGUGGGCAAACCUCAACAAAAACCCAAGGUUUAAGUCCUUUGAGUUCCCAGGAGAAGGUUUCACCUUCGAGCUGCCCAAGCCCCUCGCCACGGCCGACGUCGGCAUCCGCGUGAUCAAAACAGCCUUCGACCACCUGUCCCCUCACUGUCGCACCUUCUACCCCCGCAAGAAGAAAGUGGACAAGUCUGCAGCCCCAGAGGAAGAGGAGGAGAAGAAGGAGGAGGAAGAUACCAAAGAUGGGGAGGAGGGGGAGAAGGAGGGGGAGGAUGAGGAGAAACCGCUUGAUGCUGACGACGAGGAUGCAAAGUCUGUUGCAAGUGGCAGGAAGAGCACCACGAGUGCUGCAGGGUCCACACGAGAAAAGGAGGAGGGAGAAAAUGAAGGGAAGGAGGGAGAGGAAAAAGGAGAGGCAGAGGAGGGAGAGGAGAAAGAAGGAGAGGGGGAAGAUAAGAAACCUACUACUGCAGAAGCUGAGGAGGAGGAGGAGUUGUUGGAGCUGGAUGAGGAUGUGAUUGACCUGCGACAGUUCUCUCCGCUGGGAGGGGUCAUGUACAUGGAGCUGCUGCAGCUGCCCCCACAGCCAGUAACCGCCAGGGGGUGGAGCAUCGUGGAAGUUGUGGAUGAGAACCUCCGGCGUAUCCCUUACCCCGGUGAACCCGAGGACCUGAAGAAGCUCGGCGCCACGCUGACUCUGGCCACGCCUGCGGAGGAGAAACCCGUGGCUAAGGAGGCAUCGCAGGCACAGAUGCUGCUGGAAGGGCCGCCCAAGGACGGGGCAGCGAAGGAGGGGGCUGAGGGGGAGGGGGAACAGCCGGCACAGCCCGAGGGGGAGGCUGCACCCCCCGCCCCUGUACAGCCGACGUACAUCACACCACCUGUGGGCGUCACUAUCAAACUGCCCAGCACGGUGGCGUUUUACGAAGAGCCACAGCCAGCGAGAUGGAGCUGGUCAGGGAAGCACUGGAGACUGGACGGCUUCACUGACAUCAAGUAUGAUGAAGAAAACAAGACGCUGAGUUUCAAGACAAACACGUUUGGUCUGCUGACCGUGAUCCAGGACUCACACCUGAACAUGCCGUUCCAGUCCUGGGAGAUCCGACCACGUGGAAACAACGCUGCUCUCUUCACCAUCAUCGCUGCUAUCGUCGAGCUGGAGAUUGAGAUUAAGGAUGACAAGUGUUGUCUGAGCCAACCAGAGGACACCCCUGAGCUGGACCACCUCCGGAAGAAGUGGAUGGCUCCAAAGGACCUGGUUAAGGCCCUGAGAGCAGCUGGGGUGAACAUCUUUCCAGAACCUGACUCCAGCAAGUUUGUCAGCAUGACCAAAAAGGAUGAGGAGGCAGAGAUGUUGACGUACCGCUGCAUGGCCAUGACCCUUCCUGCCUUCGCCUUCUCCUGGAGUAAGUGGAACGCCGAGGCGGGGGAGGACAGGAUCGUCAUGCAGGCUGCAGAACAUCUCGAGGACGAACCUGUCAAUGAGGAUGACUGGUGCUGCUAUGUGCAGAGUGUUCGGAGAGCCAAGAAACUCAAAAUCAAUGAGUUCAGCGAGGAGUUCUCUGUGGACCAUGCGGAGGGCUCUGAGCUGAGGUCGAACAUGUACCACAUGCUGACAGACUCGGCCAGUGAGAAGGCCCGCGAGCGGAUCCAGGCAGCAAACUUCAGGUUCCUGCACUGUGCCGGGGAACUCAUCCGGGCCACAAGGCUCUUCACAUACUCUUAGAGUAACAGACAUUCUAUGAGACAGUCUGGGGGACUACAGUUACUAGUAUUUCAUUACAACAAUGGGGAGGAUAAUUUUGAAACUUACAAAGUUUGACAAUGUAUUGUUGUGAUGUUUAUAUUCUGUCACUGUUAUAUAAUAUGAUUCCAUAACUCAAAGUUGAGAUUUACUCUAAAGUACUAUCUGGCUGUAUAUAAUUAUUCUUUGCACUGGGAUUUAGUUUUAAGGUUGUCUGGUGUACAUAGAGUGUAAAAUUGCGAGUCUUGUUGAAAGUUUUGUAUUUGAAAUUCAACUGAAUUUUACUUGGUUCCUCUUCUUCUGAAGUAUUGCCUAGCCCACGAUACAGUGUGUGGAUAAUUAGCAGGUUUUUCUGGCAGAUUAUUUUGGAAGAAUCAUUCUGUAAUUCAUUUCCAUGCAUACAUACAUGUACAAUGUAUUUAGUAUAGAUUAAA